AUGGAUUUCGAUUUAGAUGAUCCCUUAGGUAGUGACGAUAGUUUUUUUGAAGAGCCUAAAGUUUUAGCAAAACGGUCUAGUUUCACGAAAACUCCCGAAAAAAAAUCCAUAGAAAAUUUAUUAGGUUUUGAUACCAAAACGAAAUCUUCAGUAUCUACGGAGGAUAUUAAAAAAUCCGAAACCAGCAAUAAGAAACAAAUGGACGAUUGGUUAACUGACGUAAAAGGACCUUCUACUACAGAUAGGUCGAGAAGAAGCGACUUUUUAGACGAUAUACUUCCAAUAAAACCAAAAACAACGAAACACGAUAAAAAAGGAACGUCUUUAGAAGACAUUUUGAAAGAAAGUAAAGUGACUACUACUCCGAAAACGGCUCAAUCACUAAAAGACGCAAAUCCAGAACCGACGAUUUCAUCAGAAUACGGCAUUUCCUCUACGAUUAGUGAAAGAAGAAGAAGCGGAAGACGCGGUUCGGGAGUAGAAGAUACUUUGGGAUUAUUUCGCGAUACGUUUGUCGAUAAAAAAGAAACAAUCCCGAAAUCUACAGAAACAUUACAAAAAACUUCCACAAGUAUAAAUAUUAAUCCUUCCGACAAAAAUAUGACGUUUCCAGGAGUACCUGAUUGGUUAGGAUUAAGUUCAACGAACGUCAAAAGAUCCGACUCACCAAUAACUGUCAAUAAAAGCGCGCCAAAUAUGAAUAAUGAAAAUGUAGUAGUGCCAAAGGAAGUAGAUGUCACUGAUGAAAUUGAAAAUAAGAUUUUCGUUGAUAAAUUAGUACCACAAGAUAUUAACGCCGGUAUACAAAAUAGUUAUACGGCAUUACAUCAACAAGAAUCGUUAUUAUUAGUAUCGUUACAAUUUAAAAAAUACGAGGAAGUUUUGAAAGACAUUCAAGAAAAACAAAAUUUUAUUUUAGGACAACAAGAAAGACAAUUUAAAAAUUUCAUAGAUGAUUAUAUAUUAAAACAACACGCUGUAGAAAAUAAUAUAAAGUUACAACAAGAACGAAUCAAUAAUCAAAUCAAGUUAUUGGUAACUGAUCACGUGGAUAAAUUACAAAGUGAUACAGACGUUAAUGACGAUAAAAAAGAAGAAGAUUUAAAAGAUUUAUUAUUGAAAUUAAAACAAAGACACGAUGAAGAAUUAUUUAUUAUGGAAGAAUCUUAUAAGAAACAAAUGGAUAUGGUGGAAAAAUCUGCUGCGAACGUCGAAGAAAACGUACAAAAAGAACUAAAAAAUUUAGAAGAUCUAUACGAUAAAAAAUUACAAAAUUUUAAAACAAAUUACGACGAAGAAAUUUCUUAUUAUAAAGAAAAGAUAAAAAUAUUGGAAGAACAGUAUAAAAACGAAAUAAAAAUAAUAAAAGACGUACACGCAGAAAAAAUCGAUGAACUAAAAUCGGAGCACGCCGUACAAAUAGAUUAUAUAAAACAAAUGAAAACUAAAGAGGACAAUUUAUUAAGAGAGGGACACGAAUUAUCCCAAAAAAUCGAUACAGGAAUAAAUAUUUUGGGUAAUAACCUUCAAAUAUUGCAAGGAAUCGAAGACAAAGUUAUAAAAAAUUACGACGUUUUAGCUUUAGCUAGGGAACAGAGUAUUCAAGCGAAAGAAAAAGAAAUUAUAAUGAUGAAAAAAUGUUUGGAAAAAUGUCGGGAAUCCGCUGAAAAUGAACGAUCUCAGCUCUUAUCGUUAAUUAGGAAUUUAGAAUUGAAAUUAGCGGAACAAAAUACGAACGCUCAAGAAGAUCGGUGGGCUUUGCAACAAGCAACGGCUACGUUAACUGCUAGAUGUAAAGCAAUCGAAAGGGAAGCUGAAUAUGGUAGAAAUAUCAUAGAACGUGAAAGGGAACAGUUAAAAACAUUGAAAGAAACUUUAUUAGCGGAACAAGAAAAAAUGGUGAUGCAAUUAACUGAAGAAAAAUUACAAUUAGCGUCAGAAAAAUCCAAAUUGGAAACCAGCGCUAAAAUAUCCAAUUCAUACGAAGUCGAACGUGUCAAAAUCGAAGCCGAAACGGCAAUAAACGAAGCAAAAUCUUUAUCGGUACGACUAAAUCGAGAAAGGGCUUUUCUACAACGGGAAAAAAUUGAACUAAACGCCCUAAAACAGAAUCUAAUGGAACGAGAACGAGAGCUGGAAGAUAAAGAAUCCGAAAUGGAGUUUUUGGUACAAGACACACAGAAAAAAUUGAAAGAGGACAAGCAGGUUUUGAGCGAAGCGAAACGAAUGGAAGCAACUUACAAGGAAAAGUUAAAGGAGUUACAAGCGCAGUGGGUUUUAUUAUCAAAUAGAGAAAAAAAGUUGGCGGAAGAUAAAAUUUUGUUAUCCAGAGAAAGAUUAGCUUUGUAUUCGUCACUGAAGGCUUCUAAAGAUUGCGUGUUGUGUAGCGCCGGAGGAGGGGAUAGUACCUUGGGAAAAAAUCAAAUAUUAACAGCGUUUGAUAACAUCAAGGUGAUUAUACACUCAAAACUUACUUUAAUCUUGUUUUUUUUCCAAUUUACGUCACUGGAAAAUAUUCUUUUUCAGUCUCCUGAUCCAACUGCUACAAGAAUACGUUUAGAAGCUUUAGAUGACGAAGAAAGUGAGGUUAGUAAAGAGGAAAGCGUUAAUAAAUGAUUAUAAAUAAAAAAUGUUAAUU